CUGGACCCGCUCACGGAGACCUACGGGAUCCCCUUCUACCUGCAGUACCUGGCGCACUGGCCCGAGUACUUCAUCGUGGCGGAGGCGCCGGGCGGAGAGCUCAUGGGUUACAUAAUGGGUAAAGCAGAAGGCUCCGUGGCCAGGGAGGAAUGGCACGGACAUGUUACUGCCCUCUCUGUCGCACCCGAGUUUCGCCGGCUGGGCUUGGCUGCUAAGUUGAUGGAACUGCUGGAAGAAAUCUCAGAAAAAAAGGGUGGAUUUUUCGUGGAUCUCUUUGUGAGAGUCUCAAAUCAAGUAGCUGUAAAUAUGUAUAAGCAACUAGGCUACAGCGUAUACCGGACGGUGUUGGAGUACUACUCUGCCAGGCAGAGUACUUCAGUUACAAACCUUGAUGGUGCAGUAUACACGUUAGAUAUGAGAAAAGCCCUUUCGAGAGAUUCAGAGAAGAAAUCAAUUAUACCUCUGCCACAUCCUGUGAGACCAGAAGAUAUUGAAUAG